GGUAACAUUUUAUUUUUAUUGUUUUAAGGUGAUUUUCUUUUUGGGAUUCGUAACCAUGUUUUAUGCUCCAGGGUUCUUCGAAGAGGGCGAACUCCCACCGGGUCCGGUAUCUCCUGGAUCUGAUAACAUGGAUUGCUUUAUGCAGCAGAUGUGCGACGCCCUUCAUGACGGGUCUCUGGGCAUCGAUCUAAACAUUGAUCUUGGGCAAGUGAAUAGUGUUGAGUCCACCGUCCCGUAUUCAGGUUACCCUGCAGAUGUCGCGAUGGAAAGGCCAGCUGAGGAUGGAGCCUAUCAUGAUGCAGGUUUCGAGGAGAGGGGGUGUGCUCCUGUACCAAGCUUCUCGAAACCCGAUGCUGGCUUAUUAGCUGACAUCACCAACCAUUGGGAUUAG